AGUAAGUAAGCAAGUAAAUAUUUUUAAAAAUUAAACCGUGAUUUUGAAUUUUGACGAAUUGAAAUAAAUGACAAGUAUUACGUAAAAUAAAUAAAACGUGCUUGAUUUCAAAGGUUGCUUUGACAUCAAGUAUUCUCUGAGUUGGAUCUAAGCAUAGACGUAGACUAUACCUUGCCUAUCUAAGUGAUAGUAAAUUCAGGAUUAAUUAAGCUUGACCACAAACUAAGACUAAAUUUCAAUUCUGAAUUCAUCGCCCCCCAUGGCGACGACGACGUCGCCAUUCGGGGGAGGAGGAAGGCGAUGUUCUCUCUGUUUUUGUCUACUCCCCACCACCCGGGUGGAACAGGCCUACUUGCUGCCCACCUUUCUCCGCCAGCUCGUCGCCCUGGUCGGUUUCGAUGUGGUCCUCCCACUCUGCGACGGUUGUCAUGGCGACGUCAUCUCCGUCAUUGACAUUCUCCGACAAGUGGACAAACUGCAGAGGGCUUUACGUCGUAACGUGGAGGGUAUAAGGGAUAAGAAAAAAGUUGCGGGGGAAUUGGUCGGACCGCUUUUGACAGUAGAGGACAACGUCGCCAUGCCGACAGAACAAAGUCAAGUUAUUGCAGAGUUCGUCGUAGAAAAUCCUCCUCAAACGGUCGUGGCGUCGUCACAACCAGUUCUCACUCUGUCCACGGGGGAUUAUUAUUUGGGCUCGGUCCCCUUCACUCCCACGACGACGACGACGACGACGACGCCAUAUCAAAACCACAAUUACCAAGAACCAACCCAACAAAAUAAUAGCUACCAGCCACCAGAUGUCCAAACUGGUCACCAAGAUGACGACAUGGGUGGCGACGAUGCGGAAUAUUUUCCUCCAAAUGACGACAACGAAAGUAGCGAUAGUGACAAAGACGAAGUCCCCACUCGUCAAGCAGUCUCCACGCCAACAGCGCCUCCACCACCCGUGACCCCAACUUGCACUGCUCCUCCAAGACGAAACGCAAACGAAAAGAGUCGAAAGAUACGAAAAUGUCCUGCUCGUUGGACGUUGGAACAGAAAGCGAUCAUCUUGGCGAAGAGGAGGGCUGCUCAAGUGGAGGUGUUCGGUCCCUUCGAGACCACUCCGAAGGGACGAUUGUACUUCGAAGGGGUCGAAAUUAUUAAGGUAGGAGACUCAUAUUCCUGCUCGGCCUGCGAUUGGAGUGCCGAUAACAUGGCGAUCGUUGACAUGGAGAAUUGUCCUGGUUGGAAGAAGGCCAAGGCGAUUAAGCUCCACGUGCGAGGGGUACAUUCACGCUCUUACCGUUGCGACAAGUGUGACAAAAAUUUCUCUUGUGCCAGAGCUUUAGAAAAACAUUUGCCGACGAAAUUCCAUGCUGAGAAUAAUCCCACUACGUGCCCCAUUUGCGCCAUGACGGUCCCCAAGUUUAAGUUAGAUUCGCACCUCUUUUCGCACAAGACUCCGGCGGAGCAGGACGCCGAGCUGGCGGCGAGACCCCGGAAGAAAGGGCGUAAAGGUGCCAACAACCAGGAACCAACCGGACAAGAAGAAAUAGAUCCAAAUACCGGACUUAAAUUGGCUCGACGCCUCCUCAUUCGGCACCCGCGCCCUAAGACGCCAUGCGCCAUUUGCGGCCGCCCCACCUCUCCCCUCUACAUGGCUGCUCACAUCUGGUCGCACAAGAGCGAAUCGGAAAAAGAAACCGCGCUCAAAUUCGGCCUCGCACCGAAACUCCCGCCCAAGCCGACCCUCCCCCUGCCCAAACUGCAGUGUCCAAUCUGCUCAAAAUUCGUGUGGAAAGAUUACCUCUCUGACCACGUGGAGAUCCACAAAGCGCCCCAAGACCGCCCCUCCUUUCCCUGCGUGCAGGAUGGAUGCACCUACGUGGCCAAGAGGAAAGCCAUGUUGGCCAUGCAUGUCAGAGGGGUGCAUGAAAAGCACAAACGAACUUGGCAGUUUUGCACGGUGGCCGGUUGCACGGGGAAAUUUAUGACUCGCAGAGGACUAAAAUAUCAUUUGGACACGAGUCAUGGCAACAACCUGAAAAAGACCCCGUGUCCGCUUUGCAAUGUAAAGUUUUUCAGGCUGAAAGAGCACACGAAGCGUCACGGGCCGGUGGAGGAGUACACUUUUCUCUGCCCCCACUGCCCCUUCAAGUUUAAUAGAGAAAAAUGGCUCAAAAAGCAUCUGGUCAAGGACCAUGGUGAGACGGUGGUAUGGAAACCUCGAUAUGUUAAGAAGACAGUCAGAAAAAAGUACAAGAAGAGGGAAAAAAAAACGGAGGGAUCGGGUCUCAAAAACGUCCGGAUUCCUAAAAAGUUGACGAAAACGACGCCAGUUUUACGCCUUCACCGCCUUCCAGCCCAACUUUUGACAGGGACGGAGAUCAAGGUUAUUUCAGACCAGGUCGUCAGCCUGGUCGGGAGCAGAGGAGGGUUCGAAAUCGUCGUGUUAAGCUCAGACUAACAAAUUUUUCAUUGUUCAUAUUUUUUUCCUGAUUUUUAUUUGCAAGAAAAAGUAACUAUGUUGGAUUUAAUGACCAAUUUUUAAAUACUAAUUUAUUUUAAUGACAAUAAAAUAUGACGUGAUAAUUAAGCAGUUA